GCACGGCUCGAUGUGUGAAAGAAUGGGUUGCGAUGCAUAGACGUUUCAGCAGCUGGAUCUUAAGCUGCAGUCAUGCAGGGAUGGGCAUUCUCAAGUAUGCCGCCAUAUGCCGACUUUGCUGUAUGCCAUGUAUAUAUCUUUCGCGGCAAUAUACUCUCUUGUCUUUUGAUGAUGCACAUGUCAGGAUCAUGUCAGUGUCAGGACUCUGUACGACGAAUGAGCUAAUGUUCUGGAGGUUGUCAUGAUGUAGAACAUUUGGCUAACUUUGGCUAAGGGCUCUGAGCUAUACAAGAAUAUCACACAUCCUCGUUCUCUCACUGUGACUGGCAGGUUAUCGCCCACACUUUGAAUUCUCGGCUUGCCAGCCCCCGGCCAUAUACUACUGAUUGAUGUCGACGAUACCGCAAGC